UUGGGACUUCAUAACCGCAUUCCAUCUGUAUCCCCUUUUCAAUCAUUAAAUUCUCGACUUCCUCUCAUUUCUACUCAUGGUUUCAAGACGAAGGCUUCAGUGAAAAAGCGUUGUUCCAGCUGUUAUAUGGUACGUAGAAAAGGUCGGUUGUAUAUUCUUUGCAAAAAGCAUCCCAGGCAUAAGAGUAGACAAGGAUAA